ACCCCGGAAGUGGCCGCGGGGCGCCGCGCUCGGUUCUGCCGCCUCUUGCCAAGCCCCGGUUGCGCUGCCGGACUGGCCAUGGACGAUACCCUGUUCCAGCUGAAGUUCACAGCAAAACAACUGGAGAAGCUGGCCAAAAAGGCUGAGAAGGACUCCAAGGCCGAGCAAGCCAAAGUAAAGAAGGCCCUGCAGCAGAAAAAUGUGGAAUGUGCUCGAGUGUAUGCUGAAAAUGCCAUCCGCAAGAAGAACGAAAGUGUGAACUGGCUCCGCAUGGCGUCCCGUGUGGACGCGGUGGCCUCCAAGGUCCAGACGGCUGUGACCAUGAAGGGGGUGACCAAGAACAUGGCACAGGUGACCAAAGCUCUAGACAAGGCUCUGAGUGCCAUGGAUCUACAGAAAGUGUCUGCGGUGAUGGACAGGUUCGAGCAGCAGGUGCAGAACCUGGAUGUACACACAUCGGUGAUGGAGGACUCCAUGAGCUCAGCCACCACGCUGACCACCCCUCAGGAGCAGGUGGACAGCCUCAUUGUGCAGAUUGCGGAGGAGAACGGCCUGGAGGUCCUGGACCAGCUCAGCCAGCUGCCUGAGGGUGCUGCUGCUGUGGGCGAGAGCUCCGCGCGCAGCCAGGAGGACCAGCUGUCCCGGAGGUUGGCCGCCCUGAGGAAUUAGCUGUACCUUCCAGGGGUGGCACUACCCCUGCCUGUGCUGUGCUGGAGACUCCUGCGCCCCUCCCCCAGUGUGCCCGCCUCAUCUGACCUGCAGAGUCCUCUGACCUGCAGAGCUGGGCAGCAGCCCGGCCUGGCUCUCCCACAUGCCAGGCCGGUUGGUGCCUCAGAACUGAUCCUGUUUCUUUUAGGUGUAGGUGGAUCUUUGUCCCACUGUUGAGUUUGCACAAAACUGUGUGUGUGGCUUCUGUGACUGUAGCCAGGAGAUUGGCAGGCCGCUCUGUCCUCUGCUUGUGUGGAGUUGGCAGGGUCUGGCCAGCAGUGCGUGUGGACAUCACAGCUCUGGGGGCCGUCGGUGUCCAGUGACUGGAUCUGAGGGUCCGAGACACCCCUGCCUAGCAGCUCUGAGGAGAUGACUGUGGACCUGUGUGUGCCAGAGGAUGUCCAGUGCCACCAACAUGCCGUGGCCCUCCUCUCUGUCCUUGUAGGCCAAGGGUGUUGGCCGUAACCACCAGUGGAUGAGCCUGCUCGGGCCUCCUGUCCUUGGCUCCUCUGUCUAGCCCACAGGGACAGAACUGUUGCCCCGUUCCAAGUCCAGACACACCCACACUGGUGUGCUUACCCUUGCUGGCUGCCCCCGGAGGUGUCCUGGGCUGAGCUUGCUCUGUGUCUGCCCUGGCGCUGAUGGAGGCUCCUCAGUCAGCCGCCGCCUCUGUGCCUCUCGCUCGGUGGAAUGCCCCUGGUCUCUCUCUGGCUUCCCCCUCCUGACUGCGCAUGAAGAAGCGUGCUGACAGAGGGCCUGGCCAGGCCUCUGGCUGGCUUGGCACUCCACAGCUGUCUGUGCAGUGGACCCCUGGCUGUGGGUAAGCAGAGGGGCCUGGCACAGCUGCUGUUCGUUUCUUCUGUUUCCUGAACUUUUCUCAUGUUCUUGACGAUCCCGGUUUUUUAUUUUUGUUUUUGUUUUUUUGUUGUUGCCAAAGUAGAAGUGGGCAGGGUGUGGGAUGUUGGGUCCAGCACAAGCGGUGAGCAGUGUCGGCACUACCCCGAGACCACAGGCUCACUCAGAAACAUGGGGACUUGCCUGGACUCGGACUCGCUACGUUUGGUUCUUUGUGUUCUGGGUUUCGAGGUGUGCUGUGGAGGGAGGUGGGUGACAUGCAGGGCCUGGAUGUGCGCUCUCAAGGCACAGUCCAGCCCCGCCCCCCCAGGCUCCCUGAGAUCCACUCGUGCUAGGAGUCGAGGGGAGCUGCUGCCCGUCGUGGGAAGCCACUGGGCCGUCUGCUGCCCCAUCCCAGGGUGCGGGCUCCCUCCGGGGCUAGUGGGCGGAGGUGCAUCACAGCCUGGACGUGUGACCUUAUUAAAAUGCUGUUGAAUAAACAUGCCUGUAAACCUCGUA